UUCCGGUUUGAUUGAUACACUACAUGACCAGUGAAGUUUAUUGUCGGGGUUGGUGGAAAGUCUGAGGUUUUCAGUGUAAUACUGUAUCAGUAUAUAAAAGUCGAGGAUACAUACAGUAAAGGACUAGUGCUAUUCAGGCAGGCCGGAUCUUCAAGAGUAACCCGGCUAACUCGCCUUCCGUCCCAGGAACUAGAUCCUGUUCUUUCUUGUUAUUUUCAUUCCUGUUUCCGGUGGACAUCAAACGACCCAACAUGACAUCUACAAAACAGAAAACAUCUCGGAGUAAAGAUGAUGCACCCCACGAACUGGAGAGUCAAUUCGUCCUAAGACUUCCACAGGAAUAUGCAUCUACUGUUAGGAGGAUGGUCCAGUCAGGCAGUGUCAAUGCGAAAGACAGACUUUCUAUUGAGUUACACCCGGAUGGCCGGCAUGGUAUUGUACGCGUUGACCGUGUCCCUCUGGCAGCCAAGCUAGUAGAUGUUCCCUGCGUUUUGGAGUGUUUAAAAACUAUUGAUAAGAAAACCUUCUAUAAAACUGCUGAUCUCUGCCAGAUGUUGGUUUGUACCCUGGAUGGAGACCUUUACCCUCCCCUGGAAGAGCCAACUGGAACUAAUGACCCAAAAGCCAACAAGAAGAAAGACCGGGACAGAGAGAAAAAAUUCAUUUGGAACCAUGGAAUCACACUACCUUUAAAGAAUGUGCGAAAGAGACGCUUCAGGAAAACUGCCAAAAAAAAGUACAUCGAAUCUCCAGAUGUGGAGAAGGAAGUAAAACGUUUGCUAAGCACAGAUGCUGAGGCGGUCAGUGUACGCUGGGAAAUCAUUGCUGAGGAUGAAACCAAAGAAAAUGACAAUUUGACUGGGCUGGAUGGCUCUCCAGGAAUGUCCGGAAUUAAACCGGGUCGUGGGACUUCAGUGGAGAGAGACGAGCUUCGGGAAAUGUUUAAUGACAUUAGCAGUAGCAGCGAUGGUGAGGAGGAAGGAGAGCGGCAAGAGGAGGAAGAUCUCAAUAUUAUGGAGACUGAGGAGGAGCUGGGAAGACAAAAGGAUGGUCAGGAAGGAGGCACCAACCAAAUAGUUCUAGAGAUGCAGAAACAAGUUGAGAAUCUGCAGAAAAAGUCAAGAGAAACUCAGGAGAGGCGGAAACGCCAGGAAGAGUUGAUUAUGAAGGUGGAAAACCUGGCACUGAAGACUCGCCUGCAAGCUGUAUUGGAUGAAUUCAGACAACAGGAAGACAGAGAAAAGCAGCAGCUGACAUCCCUGCAGGAGCAACUAGAGGCUCUGAUAGAGAAGUGAGUAGUGACUGCUGGCGUCGGAGUAGUAGAGCUGAACUAUAACUACCGAUAGCCAGAAAUGGAUUUCUCAGCUACAGACUGUCUUCAUCAUCAUUUCUAAGAAGUGGACUCGAUACCCUCUGACAACCAGACACUGACUCCCUGGUUCAUUACUCUCAGCCACUAUUUGUCUGAUGUUUAUGGAUCCCCUAGUCACGUAAUUCAGUGAUGGAGCAGAUAUGUUCUGCAAUGACAGUAUAAUGUAGAUUAUGAAUUGGAAGUGGUUGCAAUUGACUGUAUUUAUUACAGAAGUUUUAUGAAUUGUAAAUAAAGACCUACAUGCUAAGAAAA